AUGAGAACAGGAGAUCACGAGAACAAAAAGGGAAGAAAAAGAGCAAUGGAAAAAGGUCUUACUGGUAAAAAAUAUUAUGGAUACACUCUGUUUAUCCUUAAUGAAUUGAAUUCAGUUCUUGAAAUGUUUCUUGCUUGCAUUAUGAUGCACAAAGAAAUUUCUGAUAGUGUCAAUGCAGUAGAUAACAUUUUGAAAAGAAGAGUAAAUUGUUGGGUAUGUUUUGGAAAUGCAGAUGACGAUAGAGAUGCUGAAUGGGUUCAACCGUGUAGGUGUCGAGGUACAACAAGAUGGGUUCAUCAAACUUGUCUUCAGCGGUGGAUUGAUGAAAAACAAAAGGGCAAUAGUACCUCUGCAGUUUCUUGCCCUCAGUGCAAUGCUGAGUACAUUCUUGUAUUUCCUCCAUUUGGACGUUUUGUAUUUGUACUAGAUAUGGCAGACAGACUUAUGUAUAAAAUGUGCCCUUUAGCCACAGCUGGUAUUGUAGUUGGGUCAAUUUACUGGACUGCUGUUACUUAUGGUGCAGUAACAGUAAUGCAGAUUCUUGGUCAUAAAGAAGGUCUUAGUACUAUGGAACAUGCAGACCCUCUUGUGUUGUUAGUUGGUCUUCCAACCAUUCCAAUUAUGUUAAUAUUGGGAAAGAUGGUUCGAUGGGAGGACUACUUACUAAAGCUAUGGAGGCGAUAUUCAAAUAGAAUUCCUGGUCUUAAGCAGCUUUUAGGAGGAUCAUCAGAUACUGAAGGAAUAGGUAUUAGAGAUCGGCCACCUCCUGAUGUUCCUGCAUUUUCUGACCCAGUAUCUGUAACUCGAGUUCUUUGUGGUGCAUUAUUACUCCCAACUAUGGCUACUGUGUUUGGCCGUGUAUUUUUUAGCCACAUCCCUCACAAUCCUCAAAGAAUUCUUCUCGGUGGAAUAACAUUUGUAGCUGUUAAAGGAGUUUUAAAAAUGUAUUUAAGACAGCAGCAAUAUGUUCGACAGUGUCAACGUAAAAUAUUGAACUUUGACAGAAGUUCUGUGUAUCCUAAUUCACCAACCAAUUCACAGUCUUCACAAACUAAUGACAAUUCUAAUCCUGAUCAUUAAAGCUUGGAAAUUUUAUCGUUAUAAUUGAAAUGUGCUUUCGUUCGGUUUUGGAGAGACAUUUCAUGUGAUUUUUAUAGCCAAAAAUUUAAUCAGAGAUUUAUAUUAAAUCAGCCUCUUGAUUGGGGUUUCUUUACACUAAAUAUUCAAUGGAAUAAAUUUUUUGUAUGUUUUAAGUAAAGAGGUUAUAAAAGGUAGUAUAAGGAA